UUUCAAAGUGUAAAAGUUGGUCCUGCCUCCCAUAUCAGGAUUCAGGACGGGCAGUCAGGGUCUAAAUCUGAUGGCCGUAUUCAAGAAUUUUACAUACAGAAUACAAUCAAACUCUGAAGAAGAUUAUAAUAAGGGGAGAUAUAUCUGACUAGAAAUAUUAUAUAUUUCUAAAAUAAAUGUCGUACAUCUGAGGAGCAACUUUAAAUGUAGAGCAAUUUCCAAAAAAAUUGCUUGACAGGCAAUGACCGUCACAUCUAUGCCAGGAGGAGUGAGAGGCCCACGGUUCUUUAAACAAUAUUCCGGAGACGCCACCUAUGGUCCUACUGAUCAUUUCUUCAGUCGGAGUUGUUGGGAAUAAGAGAGAUUCCAGGAUAAGGAGAAUGACAAGCUGAAAUAUGGUGAGUUUGUUACUGAAUCCAUUGUGUUGCAAUAAGCAGCAGGGCAUAGUGAGAGUGAGAGCAGUUGCGGAAGCAGCAAAACCAGUUAAAAAUGAGGCAAAAGAAAAAACAGGUAUCAGAGUGGUAUUUGGGGCAGGGGGAACCGGGGGUCACGUUUAUCCCGCCAUAGCCAUCGCUGAUGAGAUGAAGGUCAUCCAUCCAAAUGUGGAAAUAGAGUUUGUAGGCACUUCCAACAGGCUGGAGUGGAAGGCAGUCCCUGCUGCCGGCUAUUCAAUUCGCCCCAUCCCUGCAGUUGCUCUGAAGCGACCUAUCCUCCACCCAACUAACAUUUUAUUGCCGUUAAAGUUCUUGAAUUGCCUGUGGGAAUGCUGGAAGCUAUUGGGGCAGCUGAGACCCGAGCUUGUGGUGGGAACCGGGGGCUAUGUGGCGGCUCCGAUAUGCCUCAUGGCUGCCCUCAGAGGCAUCCGCAUUGCAAUCCAAGAGCAGAAUGUUAGCCCUGGAAUAGCCAAUAAGCUCUUGGGUGUCUUCGCCUCGGUUAUAUUUGUGGCCUUUCCUUCCUCUGUGGAUUUAUUUCCAAAGAGAAAGUGUGUUGUCAGCGGUAAUCCCAUUAGGCCUUCCCUCAGAAGGUACGUAUCCAGAUCAGUUGCAAGGUCUCAUUUCUUUCCUGGUAGUACAGGCAAUAGCCAAGCUGAGCUGCUGCUCAUUUUGGGGGGCUCGCUUGGGGCAAAUGCAAUCAACAUCGCAGUGUUGGAAAUGUACUGUCAAAUGCUUUCUCAGCAUCCAAAUAGGUAUAUCAUUUGGCAAACUGGCAAUGACAAUUUUGAUGAGAUGGACAGUCUAGUCAAGGCCCAUCCUCGUUUACUAUUGACCUCGUACCUGAAUAACAUGGAUUUCGCUUAUGCUGCAGCAGACCUUGUUGUUGCACGAGCUGGGGCAAUGACUUGUAGUGAGCUUCUAGCCACAGGGAAACCUUCUAUAUUGAUACCUUCAGCAUAUGUUGCAGAAGACCAUCAAAUGAAAAAUGCUACUUUUAUGUAUGAGGUAGCAGGUGCUAAAUUAUUGUAUGAAGAUGAGCUUGACUCUACCACACUUGCAAAUGCUAUAAAUGACAUUCUAGGAGAUGAAAAUCUAAUGAUGGAUAUGUGUGAAAAGGCCUUGAAAACAGCUCUACCUGAUGCAGCCACUAAAAUUGCAGAAUACCUACUUUCACUUGUAGGAAGUGGCACUAAAAGAAGCUAGAUUUGGUUGCUUGAGCAUAUGUUGUUUCCUAGGUUCAAAAACAUUCUGAUAAGGUGUUUGAAGUGCCAAAUGAUACGUAAAGAUAUAAAGGAUGGUAAGGUGUAACUGUUGUCAUUUGUUACUUCUAAUUCUUUUGGAUAGUGAAAUAAAAUUUGUGGUUUCCAUUGCACCAAAA